AAUUGAAUUGUUUGUUUCUAAACGAUACAUCCUUUUAUUUACACAUUUAUUAAUUAACAUUAUUUAAAAUAAUUGAACUAAAAGAAUUUAUUAUUAAUUAAAAUGUCGAUGCGGCCAGAUGACCAUCGCAGGAAGUGGGAUAAAGCUGAAUUCCAAAAAAAGGCUCAGGAAAGAUUGCAAAGUCAAGCAAAUGACAAAAAUGAAGAAGAACCAGUCCAAAGGGAGAACCUCAAACGCAGAGACUAUAAAGUGGAUUUGGAUAGCAAAUUGGGGAAAAGCGUUGUUAUAAAUAAGAACACACCGAACUCGCAAUCUGGUGGAUAUUACUGCAAUGUUUGCGAUUGCGUGGUUAAAGAUUCCAUUAAUUUCCUUGACCAUAUCAAUGGAAAGAAACAUCAGCGAAAUCUAGGAAUGUCUAUGAAAGUUGAACGCAGUACUGUGGACCAAGUAAAAGAAAGAUUUCAGGCGAACAAAAAGAAAAUGGAAGAGAAACAGAAAGACUAUGAACUUGAGAAGCGCCUUAGAGAAGCAAAAGAGGAGGAAGAGCGCUAUAAGGAACAUCGUAAAGAAAAGCGAAAGGAGCGCAAACGUAAAGCCGAGGAAGACUUGGAUGGAAUUGCUUUAACUGAUGAUAAUAUGGCAGCCAUAAUGGGCUUUUCGGGAUUUGGUGGCUCUAAAAGAAAUACCUAAAAUAUUAGACAAUGUGUGGAAUUCGACAAAAAGACAUCAAUAUAAAAAUGCUACUACACCGAAAAAUACAAACAAACAAAAAAUAUCACCCAAGUGAAAAGUAUAUGGCUUCUAAGCAUGAAACCGUUACGAAAAUGAACAGGAGUUUUCUGAUUUAAAAUAUUGUAGUGUAUAAAUCGUUUCAAAUUUGAAGACAUGACAAAGCAAAACUAUUUUCUGUAAUAAAAAGGAACCAAUUGUAUUCUAAACAAUGUAGACCAAAGUGAACCUUAA